AUGAAUACUUUCACUAAAUUUCCUGAAGAUGACGAAAUCGCUAAUCAUAAGAUUAAGGCCUUAGAAUUGAAUGCUUCCCAAUUUUAAGCUAAGAUGAAAGUAAAUAUUCAUAGCUAUACAGCCACUAUUUAACGAGAACACUAAAUUAAAGCAACAUGUUAUCAGUCUUAACUUCUAUAUAGAGGAACGCAAAUUAUAAUUAGCCAAUCUCAUUAGUGACACUGGUCCAAAUGGAGAAGAUAGAGUAUUGAUCAAAGCAGUGGCAGAUUUCAAAUAAAUAUGUGAUCUGUUAGAAGGUAUUAUAGUUUUUAUAAAAAGAGGAGAUAAUCAGAUUGAAUAAUAUUAUAAUCGAUAACAAUACUGCAAAAGCUGCUUUUCAAUUAAAUAUUAAACAGUUAAGGGAGAAUCUACAAUAAGAAACUGAAAGACAUUUUAUAGAAAAACAAUAGUUGAUAGAUUAAAACAGAAAAUUGAGUGAUUAUCAUAAAUAACAAAAGUAGUUGAAUGAGCAAAGACAAAAUCAUCUGGUAAAGAUAUCUCAUUUAAAUUGUAGCAAAUGAAAAUUGAAGAUCUCAGUUCAUAAAUCAUGUAGUUAAAAUUGAAUGAAUAAAAGUUGCACAAGUUAUAUAAAGAAGAACUAGAAAUUAAGACUUUAAAACUGAAUACUGAACUUGCUUAAGUUAAAUUUGAAAAAUCAGAUUAAAAUGAGAAGUUUGAAAUUGAAAGAAGAUCCUAUUUAAAACAAUUGGAAGUCUUUAGUACGAAGUUGAAUGAGGUCAAAAUGGAAUUAAUAAAUGAAUACGAGUAUAAGAUUUAAUCUUAAAGAAUGAAAAUGGAUAAUUAAAUCCAAAAACUUAAAGACGAUUGCCAAGAUUAUAAAAAUUAAACUUUGUAAUAUAUUGAAAAAAAUAAAAUCUUGCAAUACUAGAUAGAUAGAUACUAACCAUAUACCGCAAGUUUGGAAAAGGAUAUUCAGGAUUUAAAGUACAAAGUCUUUCUAUUUGAUGAGCAAAUGAAAGGCAAGGAUUCAAAACUCCUUCAGAAGGACAUAUUAAUUGAUUAAUUAAAGUACUAGUAUACAUAUAUCUAGUGAAUAGAUCAAGAGAUUGAAACACGAUAAAACUCAACCAGGAACUAGAGAAAAUGUAAGGAAGUAAGGUACGGUAGUCUAAAACAAUAAGAAUUCAUCUCCUGAUAAAGUGUAAUAAUCAUAAAAAAUCAAUCCAUAAUCAUAAUAUAAGUAGGUUAUCAAACAAAGAGAACCAAUCAAAUAAACAAGCAAUCCUGAAUCAGCAGUUCAAUCUUCAUAUAAAAGAACAUCCAUUUAAAAAGAUGAAUUUAAUUUCGAAGAAACUACUAUUGAGUAAUAUGUCGAAAAUAAUCGACAAGAAAUAAUGCAAUCUAUUUAGCAACAAAGUCGAUAAUCCUCUGUCGAAGACAAGCCUACUCAAUAGACAUAAAUAAUAAAAAUUGUAUCGAAUGAACCAACUUCAACUAUUAAAACUAACAAUGAAGGAUUACAAAAUGCAAGCAUUCAAUACAAUAAAUCCUUAUAGACCACCUAGAGAGCAUGGACAAUAUAAAAUGAUUUUGGAGUCUAAUGUGAUCUCAUUGAAAUGGACUCUAACACAUCAUCGUAUUACACUUCAGAUGCACAAUUGGCCAGGUGUAAAAAUGAGAUUAUUAGACUUAAGGAAGAAUUUGAAUUUAAAAUAAAGUGUAGUAAAGAUGAAAUCACUGAUAUGCAAGAUCUGAUGAAAAUCUCAUAGGUUAAGAAUGAAUAACUAAUUGAAACUAUGAAAAGAGAUUUUGAAUAAUAGUUAUAAUAAGAGUUAUUAAAGAAGGACAUAGAGAUUUCUUAAUUGUUAGAAACUAUCAAAGACAAAGAUCAAAGUAUUAAAAGCUAUAUUGAUUCAGAACAACUAUAUGAACUCUUAAUUGAAGAUUUAAAUGUAAAAUUAAAAUAAAAGGAUGAAGAGGAAUUGUAAAUCCUCAAAAAAUUCCAAGAGUAAGUUCAAUAAUUAAAAAAUGAAAAUGAAAUUGAGUAAAAAAGACUAUUAGAAUUAACUGAAAAUCUAAAAUUAAAUCAUAAGCAAGAAAUGGAAAACUUAAAUAACUAACAUCUACUAGAUCAGGAAUAACUUACUCAAGAAAGGAAAAAACUUAAGGAACAAUAAACAGAUCAUGAAAUCUUUAUGAAAUAAACUACAGAGUUAUUAGAGUAAGCGAAAUCUAAAGAAUAUUUAUUAGAUAGUUAUAGAAGAGAAUUAUUAAAAACAAAUGAAAUCGUUAAAUAUUUAUCAUUAGAGAUUGAAAAUUUCAAAAAAAUAAACAACAUUUUUAGAACUAAGAAUGAUCAUAUUUCUUAAAAUUUCCUGUAUAAUGGAAUGGGAUUUCUACCUACUGAAGUUUAAGAUAAAAUAAAGAAUAAAAUGAAUAAGGCUAAGUAUAAGUAGAGUGUGCCUUCGAAUAUCCCCAAGGAUGCUUAUGCGAUGAACUUUUAACUAUAGAAGGGUUCUAAAAUGAAGCCUGCUAAAUUGGCAUCAAUGACUAACAAUAUCUAAGAUUUGAAAAAUUAAAAGUCAUUAUUAUUUAUAUUAUAGAUAGGAGAUCAAAGUUAAAAUUGAUUAAAUGAAUGAUGUAGGUGAUGGACUACCAAAAAUAAAUUCAAAAAAUGUUUAUGAAUUAGAGAGAUCUCAUUCUGAAUCAAAGCAAAAGAUAUUAAAUAAAAAUAUUAGAUCAAGUAUAAUGAAUUCUCUUUUAUUAACUUAGAAACCUAACAAGAAGAUUAUGUUGAAAUUAAUGAUCCUAAAAGAAUCAUUUAGGAUAUAAAUUAAAAGGAAUUGCUAUUGAUUUAACGUAGUCAAAUGCUGCUAUCUUAGCUGAAUGUAACUGCAGAAAAUUAUUAAAAAUAAAACCAAAAAAAAACAAAUUAUAGUACUUGUAAAAUAUGA